AUGGACAAUCCCAACACACCCCGUCAGAAAAACACCACAUACGACAAUGAAGAUGAUCAGAUGGAAGAUGAAGACACGUUUGUGCCAGAGAAGCGUGAAAAUCCACCAACAUGGGACGAAUUGACAAAAGGUCGCCUUGAUCUAAAACAUAAAGUCAAUCAAUGGUUAAAGGAGGCCUAUGAAGAAAUGUUAUUUGACGAAUUAAAGUAA